AUGGCGUCGCUUCAGGGCAAUGUGUUGGUGAUUCCUUUGCCGAGCUUACCCAAUCAGAGUCUCGGCAUCUUGAUAGAUACGAGUUACCUAGAGCAGGAGAAUACCGGCACCGCUCCUUAUCCCACCGUCAUUUCCGUUCACAAUUAUUCUGUUCUCCGCGAUCAAGUGCAACCUGGCGAUGUGCUCAUGAGCCUGGGUUCCCGUAAUCUGUUGGGUGUCUCGUUGAGACAAAUCCGUGAAACAGUAACGAGCAAUGUUGGUGGUUCUUUGGUUGUGCUACGUCCGAAUGGUUCCAGCACUGGAUCUGCUACAAUGACGCCAACAACAACUGCUACCAUACCAGAGAGUGCCCGUAAAAUCCCACCAAAUGACCCGAGCCAAGCAACGCAAAACGAUAGCACUCCAACUGUUCCAUCCAAUGCAGCUUCAGUACCGCCAGUAGCAGCAAAAGUAACCCCUGCAGCGAGAGAUACCCCUACCGGUAAAAAGGACGAUGUCAUUGAACUUUUGAGCUCUUCUUCAGAUGAAGAGGAUACAAUUACAGGCAUAAAAACUUGUGGAGGCACCUCUAAUAAGGUUACUGCAACCAUGAAGCACGAAAAUGUUGGUGAUGAAAUUCUGUUGGCGGAACAAAAUGCGACGAAGCGCAUUAAACAAGAGGGCAACUCAUCCAACGCAGAAAUCAGUCCUUUGCCCACCAAAACUGCAUCUACAGUACUGCCAGAGACGCUUUCAAUUCCACCAACUCUUUUUUCACAAGGAAAAGCCAAGUUUCCUCUCACCAUAGAUACUCAAUUCACUGGAAAGCUCGGCAACGCAGAGACGCCGGUUCCCAAUAUUGAUGGAGCAUUCUACGAAGAAUUGCACACUGCAAGUGGUAAUACACGCAAAAAGCGAAGUGUCAAAACAUGGUCGAGGGUCGCUCGUUUGGCAGGAACCUUCAAAGUACAGGUGCAACACAACGAAGGUUUUGUAUCGGAAAUUUGCAAUAAUACCACUGAACUUGUCCGCUAUGUCCUGGCAGAAGACCUUUUGAAAGCACAGAGCGAAAACCCCGAUCGUCUCAUCUUCUCCCAGAAAGCCUGUGACAUCCUCUCAGCCAUCAGUAACUUGAAUGACCUGCAGAAUCCUUUCCAGGAGCGCUGCGUUUACGCAAUUGCCGAAGCACCUUCACCAAAAUUUGAGACCCCACCAGUAGUAGCAGAGCUGAAGUUCUACGUCUACUUUAGGAGAGCUCUCUUUGGUCUCGCUGCCAACGCCAAUAUCACAACACUAUUGGAUGCUCUCGCACCCAAUGAUACCGAGAACAACAUGUGGGUUCCCUGUCGGCAAGUUCCAAUGUCUACCAAUCAAUAUGAAAGGAGCGAUCGCCCCACGGAUGGGUCAAAACGAGCAGAGCGUCAAUUUGAAUACUCACUUGCCGGGUUGCUUUGGCAUACGGAAAGCACCGGCUAUCCUCUGUCCAGCGCCGUCGCGGACAGGGACUAUCAAGGCGUGAACGUUGAGCUCCGUGACUAUCAAAAGGAGAGUGUAUCCUGGAUGAUUGAUCAAGAGAAUCGUGAUAGAACGAAAACGGGAGGCGGCGUUGCAGGGUUAAACGGAUAUUUCUGGGAACGACGGACACUUGAAGACGGUGAGGAGUUUUUUUACUUUCCGCUUGGCGGACAAAUUUUGUUGAAUCCUCCACCUAUCGCCACUGGAGGAUUGCUGGCAGAAGAGAUGGGGCUCGGGAAGACAGUGAUCACGCUAGAGCUCAUUUGCUCCGACGUGAAAUCCAAGCCCCCAAACAGAGGUGGAACACUUUGUGUUUUGCCAGUAUCACUGCUCAGCCAAUGGGAGGAAGAGAUUUCCAGCAAGGCGAACCAUCUCUCUGUUUUCGUCUACAAUGGCGACAGCGCCCGCGAUUUGCACGAGAAACAUCGAUCAAUGGUUGCAGUGGCGAAGGAGCUAUCCCAGUUUGACAUUAUCCUCGCAACUAUGAGCAAGCUGAAGGAACUUACGGCUCAACGAAACACAAACAAUCAACGAAACCCAAACGCGCUAGGACAUGUCAAAUUUCACCGCCUAGUCGUUGACGAAGCCCAAUUCCUGAAAAAUGAUACAACGGCAAUUGCCAAAGCAGCCGCUGCGAUUAAUGCCACACACAUAUGGAUGCUCUCAGGAACUCCCCUCACUAACAAGCUCGAUGACCUACGGGGAGAGCUCAGCCUGCUUCACGUGUGGCCAUUUACCCUGGGAACGCAAACAGACACGGGUUGGCAAGAUUGGUUCUGGCAAGAAGCAAUCAGCAGGCAAUGGAACGAAAAGACUGGGUUGGCCAAUCCAAUUCUGCAUAAACUGAUGUCAGCGGUUGCGUUUCGACACAGCCGGAUGCAGAAUCGACGAGUUGACGGUUCCCCCCUUGUGGAACUUCCUCCAAGAACCGAAGAAUUUGUUGCGAUCACCGAAGACUCGUCGAGUUCGUACUCUUACAUCAAUUGUUUCGUCGCAGCUAUGGCCGUGAAAAUCUUACGACGCUUUGACCGAUUCGAUGUUCGAGUAACUGGAUUCAUCACAAAACUUCGCCAGUUCUCGUCCUGUCCCUCUCUCUUGGUAGAUGAAACUGAAAACGCUGACGACUUCUUAUCACAGCUUGCCACUCUGGCCACAACGAAGGCUGAAAACACGAUGGGAGGGAUACGGCAAAUUUCACUCCGCCAAGCUAUCAUUAGCCGAAAGAACAACAAGGACGCGGUCCUUCAAGAGCUGAUUCUCUUGGCCAGAGACGGCCCUAGUGCACUCACACAUUGCUUGUACUGCAAGAAAGCGCGUGCGGAGCCGGCUUAUUUCCGUUGCAGCCAUUCUGUAUGUGUGGGAUGCUCGAGAACCAUGCUGGAGAAGGAUGGUUCCUUUGACUGCCCCGUCUGUAGCGACCACCUUACUGCUAUCGACAUUGAUGCGGUUAUCUUGCCAGCAGUUGCGACGAGAGACUCAGAAGCCACUGGCGCUACUCAACGGAAUGAUGCCAUUGAGGUGGACUUGAACGAUGCAGCGAUUGAGGAGAUGUUGAGCUCUCUGCAAGAAGAUGUUGUCGAUGAUCCCUCGCCGGCUGAAGCUUCUCAUCAGCAGGUGUCUACCUACAGCCUUGUCCGCCAGAAUCACUUCGAACCAUCGGAACAGCAAGGUAUUGUGCAACUUGCAGAGCUAGCAAACCACGCGAAGCCCAAUUUGACCCCUGAAUCGGAGAGUUAUGCAGAACAAUUUUACUCAAACGACAUGGGUCCCUCUGUGAAGGAUCUUGUUCGACACGCGGUUGAGUGUUCAGAAGACCUAUGGGAGAGCCCAAAGAUCAAAGCGCUUUGUGAGACAAUACAAUCCAUUCGGGACUCUUCCCUCGAGGCCAAGAUCUGUGUCUUCUCUUCGUUCAACAAAGUUCUGGACAUUGUCGAAGAAGCACUUGUAACGUGCCACUAUACUGUGGAGUACGACAUGAACACAAACAUGAAACUGCUGCCAGGCCAAAAGGUCAUCAAAAGAGAAAAGGACGGGUCCAAAGGACGGGUAGUACGCAGAUCACCCGAUCGCUACCAGCCCGAAGAGCCAUCGUCUGGCUGGGAUGUCUUGUAUGAAGUUGCAUGGCGUGGACGAGGAAUAACCGCCAAUUCACAUGUCCAUCGCAAUGACCUGCUGGUGGAGCCUGUGGUCGUUGAUAGCGUUUCUCCCAAGCAUGUACGAAAGGACCCGGCGGAUAAGAAACUCUCUGUGAACGGUUCCUCAGACCGAUACGCCGUUGGCUCGAAGGUUGAAAGCCGGCGGCCGGCUGUCUCCUCACUAGAGCUUCAGGUGGGGUACAGCGUCUUGAUUCUUCCAGUCGGCAAUGUGGGUAGUCCCGAGCCCGGCCGCGUUGUCUAUGUGCACGAUGAGGGUGGCUCAGUAUCCUAUGACGUUCAGCCAGAUGGCUACACAGUCUCGGCGAAUAAUGAACACGUCCGAAGACAGGUGCUUUGUCUUCCACCGUCCAGAUUGCAGGAUAAGGGCAUUGCAAGGUGGCUCCCUGCCAGGAUUGUCGAAAUCUCCACUAAAAGGCUGACAGCCGAAUCGAUUUCAGCGACCAAAACCCGGGCUGAUCCGUUUGAACAUGCUCUUGGCUACGUCCGUCUGGAUGGCGGUGCCGGUGAUGCCUCCCGCAGAGGUGAAAUCCUUGAAACAUUCAAGAGAGACCCGAUGACCUCAGUGGCCCUCCUCACAAAGACAGCGGCUGGUGUUGGUUUGAACUUGACAAACGCCAACUAUGUCAUUGUACUGGAGCCCAGCAUUGACGGGCACGAUGAAUUGCAGUCAAUUGCGCGCAUUCAUCGUAUUGGACAAACGCGAAAGGUAUCAGUGCUCAAGUUCUACAUGAAAGGAUCAGUUGAAGAGCGGAUUCUUAGCAGGCGGCAGCAACGUGGCGAGCUCAAUGUUUCCAUCAACACUAUCACUGGAGUCGAUCCUGCAGAAGGAGAGGAAGGCGCGACCAAGGGAAAGAAUACGGUUUCGUCAUCAAAAGCGUUGGCUUUUUCAGAUUUGAAGUUUCUACUUGGGGCGGACGGCAGCGGAGACGGGUGCAAGAUCCGCAGUUGA